AUGGCUUCGAUGGAUGAAACAAAUAUUUUUGAUCUUCCAUCUAAUACACACAAUAGUAUAUCAGUGGAUUCCCUUUCAAGCCAACCUGUGGAUGAUAACAGAAAUGAAGACGAAAGGAAUUCAAAUCAAGCAAAUGAAGGUGCCAAUAGGAAAAAAAAGAAAAAAACUUCAAUUGUGUGGAAUGACUUUGAUGAAAUUCAAGUUGCUGAAGGUGUUAAGAAAGCUAUUUGCAAAUACUGUAAAAAUGCAUUUGCUACUGGGGGAAGAGGUGCGAGCACAAGCCAUCUAAAGAGACAUUCAGAAGGGUGUUUGCAGAGGUCAGUACAAAUGGCUUCACAAAAGAAACAAUGUGUCAUUCCUUUUAAGCCAUCCAAUUCAAGUAAUCCGUUUAUAAGUCCGGGGUUUAGAUUUUCUAAUGAAAAGAUGAGGGAAGUCAUUGCCACUUCUAUUAUGGUACAUGAGUAUCCUUUUAGCAUUGUAGAAGACGAUGCUUUUAUAUGGUCAUUUCAGUAUGCGAACCCUGAAUUUCAGAAAGUUUCUCGUAAGACGAUACGAAGUGAUUGCAUAGCAAUAUAUGAAGCAGAAAGAAAAGCAUUGAAGGAAUUAUUAAAGAGUGUGAGCAAGAUUAGCUUGACAACAGAUAUGUGGAAAUCCAGUCAUCAAGUGAUUGAAUAUAUGGUAAUCACUGGUCAUUUUAUAGAUUAUGGGUGGAAGCUUCAGAAAAGGAUUUUAAGCUUUGUCAAGGUGCCUGCUCCAAGGCGAGGAAUUGAUGUAGCCAAUGCCAUUUUCAAAUGUUUGAAGGCUUGGGGGAUCGAAGAUAAAGUGUUCUCAGUAUCAGUUGACAAUGCUUCAUAUAAUGACUCGUGCUUGAGAUGGGCUUAG